CUUGGGACAUUCAUGAACAGUAAAGCUAAACUGAUCAAACUUAAAGUUUGUGUGUUUUGCAUCCUCGGUGCUGAGCUUCACUUUUUGCAAGCAAAUUGAGGAGAGGAGGUGUACUAGCGAGCAAUGUAUUUCCCAACAGCAAGCCAAUGGGGUGUUGGUGGAGCAGUAAUAGAUAAGCUGCCUAGUGAUAGAAUUAAUAUAUUGUUCAUAAUGUUUGGCAGCCCUUUUUAAUGGCAUGUGUUUAUAGAUAGUUUGUAAAACAGCAAACUAACUCCCUUUUUCAUAAACAGCUCUCCUUUGUUUAGCUCCUUAUCAGGCUGGGUGACUUGCAACCCUAGGAAGGAGAAGAUAGAGGAAGAGCUUUAGAAUAAAGCUGCUUUCAGUAACCACCCUGUUCUAUGUAAGUCUGCAGUCUUACAAAGCAUGUGAUGAUGACAUUGUAGACCUGUUCAUUGACGAUCUGGGCUUCCUUAGGUAAUGCUUUAUGUUGCUGACUUAACCACUUUCCAGUUGAAUCUUAGGCCAGGUACAACAUUUGCUGUUGGAGGGGGAUUAAUUCUUGAAAUCCUGGAAGGACGCAACUAGAGACGUGCUUUCAAAUCCCCUACAAAUUGUCUUCCUUCUUUGCUAAGAGGUUAGUGAUUUUCUCUGGUCGAUGCGAAGAAGCAUAGGACACAACUGCGUGGAAAAAUCAUCUUUCUUCAGUGGUUUAAGAGUUCACGGCUUUGUCCUGUGGCAGCUCCUGUGGCGUUUGGAACACAGCAAGGUAUUUAAUGUUAUUUGAUGGUUUGUUUUUUGGGUCUAGAGCGUGAAUAGGGUGGCUGUUUGACCACAAAUGAUACUCCAGACUUGGAAAACCUACUUACAUUUCAUAAAAUACAGAUUCUCAAGCAGGUGUAAUGCCUGCCUCUGAUCUCCACCUUACAGUUCUUCAAGCAGUCUAAGGGAAGUAGUUCCUUUUUCUGCAGCAUAGAAUUUGCAAAUACGCUAUAGAAACUGUUUCUACUCUUGAAACAGUUUUAGAAUGGAAAAACAAGUAGGAAACCUGAAUGGAGGAAAACUGCAAGCAGUGAUACACAGACCAAAGUAGGCUGAUUCCAACAGUGUACAGAAGGGAACAAAUAAAACACGUGAAGCAUCAUUCUUUCCUGAUGCUGCUUCUCAGCUUCAGUGUACUACAGGGUUAGGGUUGCACCUGGAUCAUCCUGUCCAACAUGUGUCAAAAACCUUUUCCCUCUCAAUGUCUAAUCCUGUGAAUCUAUUUACCUUGUUGAUUUCCAGAGCCUUCUGCAGUAACACAUUGUACUUUUGUAUCUUGUGUUAUAUGGGUAAAAGAUUCAUUUAAUAUUAAAUUUACUGUCAACUUAAUUGGAUGUUGCUAGUUUUUGACUUAAGACUAAGUGAAAAAAGUCUCCAUUUUGUGCCACUCAGGUUUUCUGCACCUCUUUUUUGACAUCUCUCCUGCCCUUUUGGUCCUUCCACUCACUUUUUUUUUUUUUUUUUCCCCUGAAGAAUCUUAUUCCAACUUUUUGCUUUGUUUUUCAGUGCAAGCUGUUCCUUAUGCCCUGGUUAUACUUGUUACCUUCCUGGGCAAGUAGCUGGGCUGUUAUAUUCUUAAGGUGCUUUCUGAUUCAAAUUCAACGAUACUCCGAAAGCGAUGGCUUACGUUCAGUUCUGAUUUAGGAAAUUUACAGUGGUAAAGAUGAGUUCUCAUGUUGGGUUUGGUCUGACUCUUUACCAAUGUAUACCACCUUUCUGGGUCUAAACAUGCUGGCUCCAAGAUGCUGAUACAUCAGGGGUUCUAAAAUGGCAUAAACAACAUUCUCUGUUGUGCUCUUGGUUAAUUUCCUAAUAACUUUUCUGAUUACGCCAAGGCUUUCUUCCUGCGUAGUAACAACUCUGACUGUACAUGUCGGACUGGUUGCAUUUUCCUUGUGUGAUACUUUGCACUUGCUGUCAUAGAAGAAUAUUUGGUAUUUUGGUGUAUAUCUGGUCUCUUUCAUGAUGCACUCCUCCAACUUAGCACAGACAACUUUUUGACAAUCAAAGGUGGUUUUCUAUUUGUGGGCAGACUAUUUGCUCCUUAUCUAGGCUUUUUUGCAUUCAUUCAUGACUACGUUCAAUAGCAAAUGUCCCAGGUCAGAUGCUGCUGUGCCAUUGUCUACUUGCAAUGGUGAAAAUUUGAAAAACCCAGAAAGUAGCCAAAACUCACAAGUGCUGAUAUUAUUUCCUAGAUUUUAUUCAAUUGACUGAGAUUGAACUUUCUUCUUAUCUCAAUUUAGAGCCUCUGAUGACAAGUCUUGAUGUACCUUCCAAAAAUUGAAGUACUUUGUGUUGAUCAGAUUACCUUUACCUUUACUCUUGCAGACUUUUUCACAAACUGUGUCUGCAAAUCCCUGUAAAGGCCAAGCUAUCUCUCUCUCUUACUCCCAUAUAUUUUCAGUUGGUCUACUGAAUUUUUGAAUUUGACUUAAAAAUGAGUUCUAGGUCUUCUGCAAUGUUUCUGAAGAGCUGUUUUUAAAUAGAUUUCAUUUUAGCAGUUCCUUGUUUGUUUUUUUUUUUUUUUUUUUUUUUUUUUUUGUUUGUUUUCAACAACAAAAAAAAAAAGCCCACCAUCUGUGCUGCACUUGAAUACCCGUUCAAAUAGUCCAUUUGGUGAACUAUGCCAUGGGAGUAGAAUGCUGUACCCACCAGGUGUAAUUACAGUUUUAUCUCAUCCACAUAUCCUUUUUUUUUCCCCUCUGAAAUUUCUCCCAGGACCCUUUGGGGCAGAAAAGCUUCAUUCAUCCACGGUCACAUACCCAUCUUUGGCCAUGAGCUGCCCUGAGUCUCAAAAGACAGGGAAGAAUGCUGGUUCCCCUCCAAAACAAGUUAUCUUCAAAAAAAGCAGCCGUGACAAAGCUCUGACCAUCUACCUGGGAAAGCGUGACUUUGUUGACAACAUGGGGACUGUGGAACCUGUAGAUGGUGUUGUAUUGAUAGAUCCUACAAUGCUCAAGGGGAAACAAGUGUACGUGACCCUGACCUGUGCUUUCCGGUAUGGCCAGGAAGACAUUGAUAUCAUUGGCCUCACCUUCCGACGGGACCUGUACUUCUCUAGGGUCCAGCUGUACCCAACCACUGACAAGCCAGACUCUCUCACCCACUUGCAGGAAUCUCUGUUAAAGAAGCUGGGGAAAAACGCCUAUCCCUUUUUCUUUACAUUCCCAGAUUACCUGCCUUGUUCAGUCUGUUUGCAGCCUGCACCUCGUGAUGUCGAUAAGAGCUGUGGGGUGGACUUUGAGGUGAAAGCUUUCUCAACAGAGAAUGUGGAAGAGAGAAUUCAUAAGAGGAACUCUGCACGCCUAUUGAUCCGAAAGGUGCAAUAUGCUCCAGAACAGCCAGGACCCCAACCUUGUGCAGAGACCACGUGGCAAUUCUUCAUGUCCAACAAGCCGUUACACUUGAAAGCUUGCCUCAGUAAAGAGGUGUACUACCAUGGCGAGCCCAUUCCAGUCACUAUCACAGUCACCAACAGCACAGAGAAAACCGUGAAGAAGAUCAAAGUCACGGUGGAGCAGGUUGCCAACGUGGUUUUGUACUCCAGUGACUACUAUACAAAAGUGGUGGCUUCUGAGGAAGCACAGGAGAAGGUGCAGCCAAACAGCAGCCUGACCAAGACACUGACAGUUUUGCCCUUGCUAGCAAAUAACCGGCAGACCCGGGAAAUAGCCCUGGAUGGAAAGCUAAAGGAUGAGGACACCAACUUGGCUUCUAGUACCAUUAUUAAGGAUGGAAUAGACAAGACAGUGAUGGGGAUUCUCGUUUCCUACAAGGUCCGAGUGAAGCUCACUGUUUCAGGUAUGCUGGGAGACUUCACCUCCAGUGAGGUGGGCACAGAGCUGCCGUUCCGUCUCAUGCACCCUAAACCUGAGGAAAAGAACCCAGCAGGGAAGGAUGGUGAUGCAGAGAUGGUAUUUGAGGAGUUUGCUCGUCAACAGCUAAAAGAUAUGCCUGAUGAUGAAGAAAACAAGAACGUUUCCUCAACUGAUGAGUGAUGAAAACAGCAAGCUGCUAGAGAAGCUGUAUAGUCUAGCAUCGUUUAGAAAUUUAGGACCUAGGUUCCUGGUAAACUGCAUGUUCUGAGUGCAUACAUUGUCUUUCAAGGAUCAAUAGACGUAAAACCAUGAAUCUCUGUUGCUUACUAAAAGUUUUAGCUCCAUAAAAGUGUAGCAAACUCAACACUUCGUGCUUACGCUAGUUACCAGAGGAGGGCGGGAAGGCUGCUCUGCCGUGACAUCUGCUUCAGUGGCACCUAACAAAAUGGUGGUUAUUUUCACCACUGGUGAGGUCUUAAACGAUGGCUUGUGCAGCCUGCUUACACUUAGCUGGGGUCACGGAGUCUCUGCUUUUUAAAUGCUAGCGAGCUAUGUUCUAGUUUGAAUGGCUGGCUUGCUGCCUUUGACUUGAAGUUCCUCAGUGGACUGUGCAAAAUUGAUUUUAUUUCCUUUUGUUUGCUUUUGCAUUUUUCCUUUAUCAAAUUCAUCUAGUUAAUAUUUUUAGUGCUUGCACUGUCCUCAUGUAUUGCUCAUAUCCAUUUGCUCUAGCAUUAAAUGUCUUGCAGGUCAUCUUUCACAGCAGCUGUAACGCUGAGAUACUAUGUUAGCUUUUUCUCAAUAUAAUAGUUAUGUUAUUAAAGAUCAGGGAAAUGUGCAUUGUACAUGAAUUUCUUAACAAAGAUCCCUAUAUACAACCCCAAACAGAGAACUGGUAGUCUAGGCUAAUGCUAUAUAUAAUCUAGUUUCCCAUAUGCAACAGUACUUCAGAAGAGGGUACAAUAAAAUUAAGGAGGAAAUCACAGGGCAGCCUGCCCUGAGGAGGCUUUCCCUGCAUCUAUCUGCCAGAGAUCAGUUUGUGCUCUAAGAAAUGAGAUUGUACUCUGCAAACAUUGGUGUCUCUUGUUGAUCUGGAUAUUCUCAUUGUCUGUGUAAAAGUCUAAUCCUUUCCGAAGUCUCAUGUAGACCUUUGCUGAAGUGAGUUGCAUCAGCUAAUUACAUGUUGUGUGUAAAAAGA